GAGACUAUUUCCAGUUAUGCCAGUGCAGCUCCUAUCUACUUGAAUGGGGAACAGAUUGAAAUAUCCUAAACGGCUCUCCUUGAGAUGUUCUCAGGGUAUCAGGAGAGGGACGAUUAUGAGGAUGAGCUGUACCAGGAUGAGGCCGACUCGGGUUUGUCCGAUGCUGACAGUGAGCUGGAGUUCCGGCUUUAUUCACAGCUGCAUUACAGUGCCGAGAACCAUGAGGACUUGACAGAGGUCCAGUCAGCAAGAGCGCAGACUCAACCUCAGCAGAAUUCCUUGGCUCCUUCUCCUGCGCCAUCUGAUGUCAUUGUGAUUGACUCUGGCUCAGAUGCUAUCACGGUCUCAGACAACACAGAGGAAGAUGAGAGCGUGUGUGCUAAGAAAGGUCGAACAUCAAAGCACUGUAGCCUGGCACACAGGAAGUGGCAGCCCUAUGACGUCCAUUCACCCUGUCCCGCACAGGCUCGAACUGGAAGGAGUUCCUCUGACGAUGUUGUGGUGUUGGAUUCUGAGUCAGACGAGAGCUCGGAUUCACACUCCAUACCUCCUUAUGUGGAGGAUGUGGAUUCGGACUCUGACUCAGACUCGGAUGAAUUGGAGAACUGGAUGAUUCUGGGCGGGGACAACCAGGAUGGAGAUCAGAGCAUCCAGCUGAACCUGUCCAUACCGGAUCACCAUGAGAGACAGGAAAAUGUCCCAGUUCGAGGGAAGGAACAAGGAAGGAAUUGGUCUGUUUCAGAAAAGGAUAAACAGGCUCAAAUCUAUAAUAAAGGGGUUGGCCCGAGGCGUCUUUCAAAUCGUUACUACACUGAAAAAUCUGUCACGUGUCACAACUGCAACAAGAUCGGCCACCUCUCCAAAAACUGCCCCACAGCAAAGAAGGUGCCAUGCUGCUCAUUAUGUGGGCUUCGGGGGCACUUGGCGAGGACCUGUCCGAACCGUCACUGUUCAAACUGCUCGCUGCCCGGCCACACCUAUGACGACUGUCUGGAGAGAGCUUACUGGCACAAAUGCUGCCACCGCUGUGGCAUGAUCGGACACUUCAUUGACGAGUGCCCGGAAAUCUGGAGACAGUACCACCUCACGACCACGCUGGGACCCAUCUGUAAGGCCAGUGAUCCAGAGGCUUGCAAGACCCCCUCCUACUGCUACAACUGCUCAAAGAAAGGACACUUAGGUUAUGAAUGCUCUGAGAGGAGAAUGUAUAAAGGAACAUAUCCCACCCUGCCAUUUGUUUCCUAUUACGACAAGAUGAAUGACAUCAAGUGCCGGGACCGUCGGAUUGAAAAGAAGGCCAAAGAACUGCUGGAAGCUGUAUUGAUUAAGCAAGAUCAACCGCCCAGGAAGAAACAGAAAACCAGCUACAGACAGUCCCCGUAUACCCCCACCACUCACGCAAACAACUCACACAAGCCGAAGAGACGCAUCGCUCACACGCCCAAACACCAUCCACAGGCACACAAACAGAACACACACUUGCAUUUCAAGCAGGGCUCAAAAACACCGGGGACUGGUGGCAAGUACAUCCCUCAGAGUGCAUUCACACCCCAAGAGCAAGGCAAGAAUAAAAACCGAAGACAAAAGAAGAAAAAUAACAAAAUGGCUGCACCUUUAUGUAGAGACGAAGAUGCAGACUUUCCAAGAGGUGGCCAGAACAGUCCUCACACUUCAGGGGUUCGCCAAUCACCUCAGAACGCUCAUAAAAAGCCAGAUUUGCUCUUUGGAAUGAGAAAGAACAAUACAGGGAAUAGAGAGAAAAGCAAAAAAAAGAUGAGGAGACUCAGAAAUAAGCAAAGAAAAGAAGCAAAAGAUUCUGCCAUGUAUCCAUCUGAUGAAAACCUUUUUCUGAUCAAACAAAAGCAAAGAUAAAAACAAAAACAACAUUUGCCUAAUUGUGUGUACACUCAUUGGGGAAGAAUGCACGUGUGUUUGGCUGUCAGUGAGAAGGUGAUUCUCUCAAAUGUGUAUCACACCCUACUGGCUAUUUCCAAAAAGAUCUGUUUUGCUCCACCUUCUUCCAUCCACAUGGUUUCAUUAUUUAUUAAGGCACAUUUAGUCUUUAUUUGUUGUGAAAAGUCGAAAGCAAAUCAGUCCUUUCUACCCUAAUACAGAGGUAGAUUGCAGCUAUUGAAUAUUGUUGGAUGUAACGAUCAUCUCUGAUUUUAGAGAAUUUGAAGGCGUACUACACACAUACAGUAAAUUAAGCAAAUGUAUGCAUGUGCAUAUUUUAAACCCACUGUGUUCAAGACUGAAGAGGGUCAUGCUGACAAUUUAAUUUCCUCUUACAAAGAAUUGAUAGAGAGUUCAUUAAUGCCCACCCCUCAGCAGAGCACAGCAAAAUUACAUAAGCAAGGCUGGACCCACUUUAUAUUAGGUGUCUUUUACUACUAUGUACUUAAAGGAAUGUUCCGGGUCCAAUACCAGUUGAGCUCAAGCGACAGCAUUUGUGCCAUAAUGUUGAUUACCACAAAAAUACAUUUCGACUCGUACCAACUUCAUUAGCAUGACUAUGUAAUGUCUACAAACCCUAAAAUGACCCAUUUGAACAACUUUACAGCUCAAACAAUACAUGAGUUUUAGGGUCACACUGUAACCUCGAUUUUUGCUUUUUUUUAAAGAAAAGGAGGAACAAGUCCUAAUACAUUUUUGUGGUAAUAUACAUUGAGCCACAAAUGCUGUCGACUGACCUUAACUUGUAUUGAACCUGGAAUAUUCCUUUAAACAUUUAAGUGUUAUUGCUUUGUACUUGCAUCUAAAUGUCCUGCAUUUAAUUACAUCUAACCCAACCCCUAACCCCUACUCCUAAACCUACUCCUACCUCAACCUCAGUAGCAAGCAGCAAUGGGAAUCUUGUGAGAAUUUUGCAAAACAACAUGUAGUUACACAAUGCAUUUAUUGUAUUGGAUGUAUUUUAAUGUUGGUACAUAGUAGUUAAAGACACCUAAUAUAAAAUGGGACCACGGUACUUACACAGGAACUAUACAGUUGAAUAUGUUUGGCAAAUAGUUGGUGUUUUAGUGUUAAAGUCCCGCUUGUACUUAGAUUUUUCUAAAUCUUUUAUGUACAUGUUUAUUUUGUGAAGUCUUGAUUAAAGUCAGUUUGCUUUGAUGUUCUGUUUGAGACUGUAUUUUGUCGAGAAACAGAACAUUUAUUUUUUUUUGCGCCAUGGCCUCAUUUACUGUAUCCCAGUGCUUGUAUUUAUUAACAUCUUUUUAACGAACAUCCAGUUUUUUAGGUUUUUAAUGCCUGAUCCCCAUAGAGAUGCCUGGUGACCUGGCAAAUGCAUGGCACAAGGAUGUAAAUAAAGAAAUACUAAA